CGGGCCCCGGCCCCGCCCGGGCUGUCAGAGCCGGCCUGUCCCGGGCAGGCUCGGGGCGACCGCGGGAUGCGGCGCUGAGCGCUCUCCGCUCGCUCUCUCCGUCCGUCCGUUCGUCCGUCCGUCCGUCAGUCAGUCAGUCAGUCAGUCAGUCAGUCAGUCACCCCGCCCGGGCUCCCGCACGCCGAGAUUCCCUCCCGCAGCCCAUGAUGUGCCUGGAAAGCGACGGCUCCUCCGGCAGCAGCCCGGGCUGCGGCGGGCGGCUCCGAGCCGGCGACGAAGAGGAGGAGGAGGACGGCGAGCGGGGCUGCUGCGGCCGGGGCGCCGAGGGAGAGGUGCAGACCCUGUCGGGCAGGAUGAACCCACCGGCGGCCGGCAAGCACCCCGACCGCCCCUCCGCCCUCCGCAAGGCGCCGAGCGUCGGCCGGGCCCGGGUAGCGGCCGCCGGCAUCCUCAGUGUGGGCAACGUGCUCAACUACCUGGACCGGUACACGGUGGCAGGUGUGUUACUAGACAUCCAGCAGCACUUCGGAGUCAAAGACAGCGGGGCUGGCUUGUUACAGACAGUUUUUAUCUGUAGUUUCAUGGUCGCGGCGCCCAUCUUUGGUUACCUUGGUGACCGCUUCAACAGAAAGGUCAUUCUCAGCUGUGGGAUCUUCUUUUGGUCAGCUGUCACUUUUUCAAGCUCCUUCAUCACUGAACAGUAUUUCUGGCUCCUUGUUCUCUCACGGGGUUUGGUUGGCAUCGGUGAAGCGAGUUACUCCACUAUUGCACCAACCAUCAUCGGAGACCUGUUCACCAAGAACACGAGGACCCUUAUGCUGUCUGUUUUCUACUUUGCAAUUCCUCUGGGCAGUGGCUUGGGAUACAUCACUGGGUCGAGUGUGAAGCAGGUUGCUGGAGACUGGCACUGGGCACUGCGGGUAUCUCCACUCCUAGGAAUGAUAACAGGGACACUCAUCUUGAUAUUUGUGCCUGCUGCUAAAAGAGGAAAUGCUGAACAACUUGGGGGGCAGCUGAAGGCUCGAACUUCAUGGUUGAGAGACAUGAAAGCAUUGAUUAGAAACCGCAGCUACGUGUUCUCAUCCUUGGCCACCUCAGCUGUCUCCUUUGCCACAGGGGCACUUGGCAUGUGGAUCCCUCUGUACCUUCACAGAGCACAGGUCGUGCAGAAGACAGCAGAGACCUGCAGCUCCCAGCCCUGUGGCACCAAAGAUAGUUUGAUCUUCGGAGCAAUUACUUGCUUCACUGGCUUCCUGGGUGUAAUCACAGGGGCAGGAGCAACCAAAUGGUGCCGGUCAAAGACGCAGCGAGCUGAUCCUCUUGUCUGUGCCGUUGGAAUGCUGGGAUCAGCCAUCUUCAUCUGUCUGAUCUUUGUGGCUGCCAAGAGCAGCAUCGUGGGAGCCUAUAUUUGCAUUUUUAUCGGAGAAACUCUUCUGUUUUCAAACUGGGCUAUCACAGCAGACAUACUAAUGUAUGUGGUCAUUCCAACUCGCCGUGCAACCGCAGUGGCCUUGCAGAGUUUCACUUCACACCUCCUGGGAGAUGCUGGCAGUCCUUAUCUCAUUGGAUUUAUCUCCGACCUGAUACGACAAAGCACAAAGGAGUCCCCAGUCUGGGAGUUCCUCAGCCUGGGUUACGCGCUCAUGCUCUGCCCGUUUGUCGUUGUCCUGGGAGGGAUGUUUUUCCUGGCCACAGCCCUCUUCUUCCUAAGUGACCGAGCCAAAGCUGAACAACACAGUUGGAGACAGAAAGGACCCACCAGGUGACCUGAUGUUGUUGCCAGCAAAGCCCAGAGGCCCCUCCAUUAACCAUUUCCCAGGUAUUAAAGUGGCAGCUGACUGACACUGAGUGUGCUCCAUUCUGGUAGUUUGCAUUGCCAAAAAGAACGUUCCUUCUCUGAAAUAGCUGGAGCUGUAUCACAGAGGGUUUUAAGAGGCUGGACACUUAUUUUAGAGAGAUGUGUCAGUGCUGCAUUGAGGCAGAGUUUGGAUUUGAGGAUUUCAGGAGAUGCAAGUGGAUUUUAACAACUCCCAAAAAGGGAUAUUUGAGAACAGUUUGCUCACUGCUGAUAUUCAGCUGCUUAGGGGGAAGAAUAUCAUUGCUUUGUUUGUUUUGACUUUACAAAAGAACAAUAAUUAAAUGUUUCCUACAGUGGUAGAAACUCACAAGGCUUUUUUAGCCCAGGUAAGAUAUCCUUGGCCUUUGAAGCCAUGUGAAUUUACAGCAAAAAGCCUGGAUUAGGAUGCAGAGGAUCUGGGGUGAUGGAAGGAAUGAGGCAAGAACUGAGUUUUGUGUAUCUGAGAGUGGCAUGAUAAAAACUCACAGACUGCAGAUGGAACAAGAUUAGACUAUUGGAUGGUUUAUAUAGAAUUCGUGUUAAGAAUAUGAAGGGGAGAGGUGGUGAAAAUGUGAGUAGUUCUAUUAUUGGUUGAAAAAGCUCCUUGUAGAGCUGUUGGUUUUCUCACGUGUUUACUGGCCAUGUUUGUAACUCCAUAAACAGAGUUAGCCAAACCAAGAACAUAGCAGCUUAGGACUUGAAUUUUAAAUGCUGGUUUGCUGCUGCAGUUGGGAGCUGCUGGUGUCAUGCAAAUGGAAAACAGUCUCAUAGAGAACGAUUGCUGAUUUGCUGUGUCACGUUAGUCAGCCUGUGGAUUUCCUGCAGGUCGGGUAGGGAGGUGUCAAAGGUCAGUGUGGUUGUUCACAGGCAGUUUGAGCUCAGCUGUGGUCCUCACACGGUGUUUGAAACGUGCUGUCGGAGUUAAGCGUUGGCAGCAGGAGCUUUGCUUUAGCCCAAGCAGAAGGACGGGGGCAGCUGGUGCUGGCACAGCUCUGGGAACUCCUGAGCUGCAGAAGGGGCUGCAGGCAGAGCUCUGGGUUCUCCAAAACCACCCAUUCCCCACCAGACUGACCUUCCCAGGUUCAUCCCCUGUGCCACAGAGAAAGGAAAACAACAUUCCUACACUAUUCCUAGCUACUUAGUGCUCUCUUACAGCAAGAAUGGAACUUCUCCAUGUGCCUUAUGUUAUAGGAAUGCCAAAGCUCACUUCUCCAAGAGCUCCAGAUCAAGAGCUACUUGGGAGUCCUCCUGCUGUCUUGGCUACUGACUCUCUGCUGUGAGCCCCAAGAAGUCAGAUGCUGUCCCUAAAAUGCUCAUCAGCUGUAAAACAGGAUUGAAGGCACUUUCCCACAAUGUACAAGGGGCACUGAAAUCAUAUGCUACCAAUGGACUUAUCAGGCAUUGACACUGCAAAGGAGAAUUCUUGGCGUGGAGGGACUUUGCCAUGCAGGAGGAGAUUUUAAAUUCUCACUGAGACAGAUUCUUUGCUAAGGCUGCCCUGGCAUAGAAACAAAAUCUGAUCAGAUCCCACGCAGGUGUCUAGAGCAUGAGCAGAAGGCAGCAGCCUUCCAAGCAAGAAACAGUCUCUGACACAAGGAAAUGGAAAAAAUUAUGAAAAAUUCAGCCCUGCUGCUUCCUGAUGUCAGAGCAUUUUGCAGAGGUAUUGGCUUUUAUCAGCAGCCUCUCCUUGUGCAGCAAUCUGCAAGGCAGAUACUGUGACUGUGGGUGUGUUAGAGCACUUCACUUGUUGUUGGGUCCUUGGCCUGGGCCAGGCUUUAACCCGAGCAAGUCCCUCACAGCCACUCACUCCCUGCCCCACCAGUGCACUGGGGAGAAUUGGAAGGGUAAGAGCUGGAAAACAUGUGGGUUGAGUACAGAUGGUUUAAUAGGGAAAGCAAAAGCUGCACCACAAGCAAAGCAAAGCAAAGCAAGGGAAUUAAUUCCCCACUUCCCAUGGCAGGUGGGUAUUCAGCCAUCCCCAGGAGAGUAGGGCCCCAUCACAUGCAAGUUACAUGCAAGGACAAACACCUUCACUCCAAACAUGUUCCCUUCCUCAUUCUUCCCCUCACUUUAUAUAAGGAGCACGGUGUCAAAAGGUGUGGAUAUCAGUUUGGGUUUCCUGUCCUGGCUGUAUCUCCUCCCAGCUUCCCAUGGACACCCAGUUCCUCACCAGCGUGGCAGGGCGAGGAGCAGAAAAGGCCUUGGCUCUGUGCAAGCCCUGCUCAGGAAUAACAAAAACAUCUCUGUAUUAUCACCCAUGUUCAGCACAAAUCCAAAACACAGCCCCAUUCCAGACACUGGGAGGAAAAUGUCAUUAAAUCUACUCCAGCCAAACCCAGCACAGCCCAAAUGAUGUAUUUUAGAGAAACAUGGACAAACUGUUGGAGUAUUACCUCCAGUGCUCCAGUAAGGAGUGUCUUAAGUGCUCUGGCUUGGUCAUCCCCAAAGUUGCUGCCGGACCACUACAAGCCUCCUGGGGACUGCCAGGACUGUUACAGUGGAGUGAAAUGGAUGGAUGUUUCCUUGAGGCCUCCAGGCCAGGUUGGACAGGACUUGGAGCAACCUGGGCUACUGGAAUGUAUCCCUGCCCCUGGCAAGGGGUUGGAAUGAGAUGGUCUUCAAGGUCCCUUCCAACCCUUCUUUCCAUGGUUCUAUAGUUCCCCACACCUGGUAGCUCAGAGGUUUGUGAAAAGAGCUGUAGCAUGAGGCAGUUAUUUUGGAGGAUAAGAAGUAUGUUUUUAAUCAAGUGCCAUCAGGAAGUUCUACAGGAUUUUCUAUUUUAAGAUUUAAUAGUUCUAAUCUGCUUUUUAUGUCAUGUUUUCUCUCCCUUGCCAUUCAAUCAAAAAGCGAGGUAUUCCACUGCCUCUUUUCUCCAUUGUUUCAGUGGACAUAAAUAUAUGAUGUUACACACAUCUUCCGUGGCACUAAAAAUCCCUCCACCUCAAUACUAAGCCCAUCAAUAUCUGGCAGAAUUAUACUUCCAGAGACAGACUCAGGCACAAGGUUUCGAGACCCCCAUCUUCACAGACUUCAGGGGUCCAUGUCAGAGUACCCCCACAGACUGGUGAGCUCUGGAGCUCAUUUCCAUCCAGGUCCUUGGGACCCUGAUUUGUGCUGUUAACUGCUCAUCUUCACAUCUGUUCUGCUGCAGCUGCCUGGGAAAAUAGCAGGAAAGGAUUUUUCCUUUAUGCCAGUUUUCUCCUCAGUCAAGAUCUGUGAAAGAGGAAUAAGUGAAGCUGACCCAUGUUUCUACCUCUGGAGACAAAUCAACACCUGAAUUAAAUGAACAGAUGGAAGGUCUUACAGUCUGUACAGCUUUAAGGGGCUGAACCAAAUAGAGGGGAAAAUAUAUUUGCUGUACAUGAUUAUCAUAUUUUGUUUGCUAAACCCACUGGCAUGCAGGAAGAAAAGGGGAUUUGAGCCAAUUCAUUUCUUCAGAGCAGCUGGAGAAGCCCCUCUCCCCUCUGGAGAGCUGUCACUCCACACCGACCGAGUGAUCCAGAGGGAAGGGCGGCUCUGCAGCUGUGCACAACCAGCUCCUGUGUGAGCCUUGGGAUGGAGGGCUGCAGGUGCACAAAGCCCCAGGCCCCAUCCCUGGCUGGGAAUGAGAGCACAGGCAGGCAGCAGCCACAGUGAGCACUAUUCCUGCUCCAAAGCAAACUCCUCCUGUGCCAGAUAGUUGGUUGAAUUUUGUUAGAGUUGUCUUAGCAUCCUUUUCCUUCAGCAAACUGACCUCAACUCCAUCAACAGCCCAUUCCUGCAGGCUGGAUAACCUGUCAGAUGCAUCAGGAAGCUCAGUAUUUGGAGUGUUUUUAACUGUGCCAUCUUAUCCCUGUGCCACUCACUAGGAGCUCUGUAGGCUGAUGUAUCACUGUUGCUCUCCUUCCC